AUGCCCCUCCCUUCUCGCCUCUUUCCCAUCACAAAAGUUGUAUUCGACGCCAUCAAUCUAGCUGGAACCAAAGGUAUCAUUGUCGGAGGUGCAGCCGCUCAUAUGUUAGGGAGUAAGCGUGUCACUACUAGGGAUGUCGACAUUAAUGUCUUAUCCUUCCCCGAAUUCCCCGAGGAUCCCAUGAUUAAAGCCCGUUUUCCUUUCGACGAUGAUAAUUCAAUAAUGAAAAUCACCUACUUGGAUUCAAAGGAGGCCGUCAAGGCCGACGUUGCCACCCGACGAGCACAACAUAUCCCCUUGCUUUUGAAAUAUUCCCUGACGGACCCAAAAACAAACUUCACGUACGCCAACUAUCAACUCCUCCUUGCCGACAAAAUUAGAACUUUGGCUGAGCGUGGAGAAAAGAAAGACAAAAAGCGAGAGACUGAUCUUGCUGACAUCAAAUUCUGCAUUGAAGAGAUGUUUAUGAGAGACGAAAAAAUGCCUGAGGACCUCAAAUUCUUGUACUCUGUGGAGGAUUGGGGUAAAGUCCUGAAAUAUCUGAAAGACGUUUGCAUCGCUUUCGUCAUCGUUCUGGGGCCCUCAAAGGCGCCCACGGUGGAAUGCUUUGUUUCGGGCUUUGCGCCCAGGUUAUGUCUUGCACGCCCAGAUUUAAAAGCUAUGCUGAAAUCUUCCUUUUACCAACACCUUGGAACGUGUUGCACACCUCCUGCAGCGUUACAAACCCACCACCCCUUUACGCUUAUCGGAAAUUACAUCGAGGGUACAUAUGUGAAGCAAGUUCUCGCUCAACGGAUUGCCUGCGGACUGCGUUUUUCGAUUGGGGUCACGGUCUCUGUUCUGGAUCGCGAAUCCAUCGACAUGAAAUACAUGCUCAUCCUGCGUGCAUGCGGCGGUGAAAGCUAUCUCCUACACUUGACCGUCACUCGUUGCUCUCGCUCCUCUCAAGAUCGAUCGAUCUCCCGAAUUUGA